AUGCAGAAUCCCUGGGCCGGACAUCCCUAUCCCGCCGAGUACUGGCGCGGCUUCCGCCGCCACCGCCGCGCACCGCGCCUGCUCUGGUUCCUCAUCGGUGCGGGAACCGCGACGUUCUGGAUCAAGUCGCACCAGGCGCACGAGUGGAAGGCGCGCCACUGCUGGCGCGACCGCAUCCCCCAGGACGCAUACCCCGUUCCCUCGGGCUCCGGCGCACAGGCGUACGCCACAGGCAACACCCCCGGCGCGGAAGAGCAGAAGAGGGAGUGCGGCAGGCGCUGGGGAUGGAGCUGGAGCUCGAAGGACGGACACAGGCCCUCGCAGUCGCCUUCGUCCGUACAAGAGACCCCAGCCGCUACUGUCCCAGGACAAGCGCAGGCCCAGGCUCCGCAUGUCCUGCCAGCGCCGAUGCCGACUGACCGCUGGGACGAAGAGCGUCACCGUGUGCAGGCACUCGGAAAGCAAGCCACCGAUACUAUCUCCGAGUUGUCAGAGGCAACCCUCGACUCUGUUCUCGCGACCGUGCAAAGCCUGAAAGUCAAACUGGCCGAGGCCCGCACCCAGCGCGAACAGCACCUGCAGCAGAUGCAAACGCUCAAGGACGAGCAGUACAAGAUGUUCGAGGAGUGGCGGAAGCAGCACGAAAAGCUGCAGCAGGAACAGCAGCAGCAGCCGGCCCCGAAGCCGCGCUACCCCGUCGAUUUCACUUCUGCAUGA